AUGGCGGCGAAGGAAGAUGGUUUGGCGGAGGAGCAGAACAUCGACAAAGCCAAGGACACCUCGAAGAGCAAGGACUGGGCUGCUGCCGAUCUCGUGAAAGUAACAGACUUUAAUGAGGAUAACGACAAUGGCAGGGAAGUGUCCAAUGAGAAGCUGGACAGUUUGAUUAGCGGACCGCGCAAAGAGGCACGGAAGAUUGUUAAUAUCCGCAAAGAGGAUGUGCUGCUUAUCGUAAGUUCCAUUCUUCGUGAUGAUCCAUGA